AAAAAUAACGAAUCAUAAACCUUCUCUCUUCACUCCACCCAAUGAGUUGGUUAUCCGUUAUCCUCUUCUUCUUCUUCUACCUUUCACCAUGCCCCACGAAGAAACCCUAAUAUUAAUUCAACUAAUCUCAAAACCCAGAUCAUAUCAAUUUAUCUCCUUCUUCCUACCAAAUUAUAUUCUCUAGCUCAUCACCAUCGUUCUCAUGGAUUUUGAUGAUCAUGGACUCUGAUUUGCAAAGAAGACUUUCUGUAGGUACUGAUCCUGACAUCGACGAUCCUAGGUACACAAGUUUAAGAGAUAUUAUUUUGAAUUCACCACCAAGCCAAUCUGCUAUUCAAGAGGGGAGUGAAUUUGACUUGUCGAAGAUAACCAUUAGAAAUGAAUUGGUUAAAUUCGCAGCCUCUGCAUAUCUUCAGUCCGCGACAAUUCUUGUUCCCAGGAAUGAGAAUUACUUUGCUAAAUAUUGGUGGAAGCUAAGGAAUGACGCUGCUACAUCGUGUUCAUGUUGGAACGUUUACUUCAAGGAGCCUUUGAAGGCUUGUUUCCACCAAAUUUAUAGGUUUGUUUCGUAUUUAGGGGACGUUUGGAAUCGAAUAACAUGAAGUUAUACAUUGAUCUUCGUAUUAAUCAUGUUCCUGAGAUGGAUUUAUUUGUUGUUUUCUUUUACAAUGCCGACGGCCACUGUGAUUUGUAGA